GCAUGCGUACAGCUGCGGGUCCUGUCCACCGAGGAAUUCGUUCCCUCAGCAACAGUUUCCCGGGAGGCUCUAGUUCUCUCUCUUUCCGGCGAGCUCGGCCCGGAAGCGCACUGUCCGGCCUGCGGGCUUGCCGGCGCCUUGUCUUUUUCCCGUCGCCGCAGGGACGUGGUCGUCGCUGUCGGCAGGGCUCAGGGGCGCCCGCCAUGGAGGGGCAGCGGGUGGAGGUGGACGGCGGGAUCAUGGAAGGGGGCGGCCAGAUCCUCAGGGUUUCCACCGCCCUGAGCUGCCUCCUGGGCCUCCCCUUGCGCGUGCAGAAGAUCCGCGCGGGUCGCAGCACGCCCGGCCUCAGGCCUCAGCAUUUAUCUGGACUGGAGAUGGUUCGUGAUUUGUGUGACGGACACCUGGAGGGAGCAGAAAUCGGCUCGACUGAGAUCACCUUUACACCCGAGAAGAUCAAAGGUGGAGUCCACACAGCAGACACCAAGACAGCAGGGAGUGUGUGCCUCUUGAUGCAGCUUUCAAUGCCCUGUGUCCUGUUCGCGGCUUCCCCGUCGGAGCUCCGGCUGAAAGGCGGCACCAAUGCGGAGAUGGCCCCGCAGAUUGAUUACACCAUGAUGGUUUUCAAGCCAAUUGCUGAGAAGUUUGGUUUCACGUUUAAUUGUGACAUUAAAACGAGGGGCUAUUACCCCAAAGGGGGCGGUGAGGUGAUUGUCCGAGUGUCCCCAGUUAAACGGUUGGACCCAAUAAAUCUGACUGAUCGAGGCUCUGUGACUAAGAUUUACGGGAGAGCUUUUGUUGCCGGUGUUUUGCCACUAAAAGUAGCAAAAGAUAUGGCAGCGGCGGCUGUGCGGUGCAUCAGGAAGGAGAUCCGGGACUUGUACGUCAGCAUCCAGCCUGUGCAGGAGCCCAGGGACCAAGCCUUUGGCAAUGGGAGUGGAAUCAUCAUUGUUGCUGAGACAUCCACUGGCUGCUUGUUUGCUGGAUCAUCACUUGGCAAAAGAGGUGUGAAUGCAGACAAGGUUGGGAUUGAAGCUGCUGAAAUGCUGUUAGCAAAUCUUAGACAUGGUGGCACUGUGGACGAAUAUCUACAAGACCAGCUGAUUAUUUUUAUGGCGCUAGCCAAUGGAAUUUCCAGAAUAAAAACAGGACCAGUCACACUCCACACACAGACUGCUAUCCAUUUUGCUGAACAGCUAGCAAAGGCCAAAUUUACCGUGAAGAAAUCAGAAGAGGAAGAAGAUGCCACGAAGGACACUUACAUCAUCGAGUGUGAAGGAAUUGGGAUGGCAAACCCACACCUCUAGGUGGUCACGCACGCCCUCCCUCCUUCCUUGUUGCACUAACUACUCAGACAUGCUGCAACACAGUAGGUACGGCCAGCGAUGACAGCGCUUGACUCGCUUUGGAGAUGGAGUGUGGUACUGUCAGUUGCUGAGAAUGCUUCGUCAUGCUAGGCUCCUUGACUGUCUCCCAAGAUACAGACAGUGAACGAUAAAACUUGAACAUGUAAAAUAGUCAACUCGAGUAUUAACGUUAUACCCUAACGUUAUAAAUAAAUUGUUUAUACUCUAAA